CCGUCCCUCCUUGAAUUUUCGAGUAUGUUGACUCCCUCCUCUUUAAGUCAUUAAUUGACUCGCCUCACCUUUUCUCCAUGCAUAUAAAAUCAUAUCUUUCUCUCUUCCCAAUCUCAUCAAACUUCACACAAUAAUUAUGCACCACGCUAUCCCCAUGUGUUCUAUUUUCUGAAAAAUCUUCAUCUUCAUCAGGCUGAGUUCACUUCCCAGCAAUUCUCACCAUCUUGAUGGAAGAAUCCGCAGCACACGAAAUCGAAAUCCCAUGUUACUUUCUCUGUCCGAUUUCCAUGCAGCUCAUGAAAGAUCCAGUCACGGUCUCGACCGGCAUAACCUACGACCGAGAAAACAUCGAGAAAUGGCUGUUUAUUUCAUGCAAGAAAACCACCUGCCCCGUCACCCAACAAGACCUUUCCGCCACCGAUCUCACCCCCAACCACACUCUCCGCCGGCUGAUCCAGGCCUGGUGCACUCUCAACACCCACGAAAGAAUCCCGUCGCCCAAGACCCCCGUUGACAGAUCCCUUAUUCUGAAGCUCCUGAAUCAGGCCAAGAACUCACCAAAAUGCAGGCUCAGUUGUCUCCGCAGGCUCCGAUCCGUCGUGAACAGAAACGAAAGCAGCAGAAACCAUCUACGCGCCGCCGGGGCUGUUGAAUUUCUGGCAUCCGUUUUUAAAGAAAAUGAGGACCCGUUUUCUCGGGACGAAGCUUUAAACGUUUUGCGACAGAUUGAGUUAUCAGAUUCAGAUUUGAGGAAACUGUUACUGGAAAAUGAUGAGUUCUUGGAGUCAUUGAUUGUCGUAUUGGAAACAGGGAGUUCCCAUUCUCGAGCUCAAGCAAUAAUCCUAUUAAAGUCCGCAUUCGACGUAGCAGACCCAGAAUAUAUAAUCGGGUCCAGGCCCGAAUUAUUCAGAGCGAUAACCAAUAUUCUUGGAGACAAGAUAAAGAUUUCUGCUCAAGCAACGAAAGCCGCACUGAAGCUGCUGGUGGAGCUCUGUCCAUGGGGAAGAAACAAGGUCAAGGCGGUGGAGUCCGGCGCCGUGGCAGUUCUGAUCGAGCUGCUGCUUGAAACGCCGGAGAGAAGGGCCUGUGAGCUUGCACUUACGGUGUUGGAUCAACUCUGCGGAUGCGCGGAGGGCCGGACCGCGCUGCUGCGACACGGAGGCGGGUUGGCCGUUGUUUCCAAGAAGAUUCUGAGGGUUUCUCAAGGGGCGAGCGAGAAGGCGGUGAGGAUUCUGAGUUCAAUCUCAAAGUAUUCAGGGAAUUCUAGGGUUCUUGAAGAGAUGAUGGAGGUUGGGGUUGUGUCGAAACUGUGCUUGGUAUUGCAGGUGAGAUGCAGUGAGAAGACGAAAGAGAGGGCGAAGGAGAUUCUAAGGAGGCAUUCUAGGGUUUGGAGAGAUAGUGCUUGUGUUCCACCUCAUUUGGGAUCUUCUUAUCCGUGUUCUUGAGUGGAGGAUCUGUGUGUGUUUUGACAAAUAAUGUGUAAGUUUAAUAAAUUUGAUUUUUUUUUUUUUUUUU